AUGAAGUUCGCCAAAGAGCUCAACGAGGAAUUGGUUCCGGAAUGGCGAGCUAAAUAUCUGAAUUAUAAGCUCGGCAAGAAGAAAAUCAAGGCAAUCCAAAAAGCCCUGCAAAAAGCAAAUCGCACGCCAAUUCGACUCCAGGACACUUUCACAGGCACUCCAUCCCAACGGCUUCCUCCCAAUACUUCCACCUCGGUCAACCAGUUCCCCUUGGAUUAUAAUGGAUCGCCGUCACGUAAAGAUAUUCCCGAGCAGCGUCCGCUCAGAACUCCGAGCUCGCGGUUCUCGAACGUCGUAGGAAGCUAUGGCAGUAUAGUAUCGGAGCCCAAUCAAUACGACUCCAAGCACUUACCGAGCCUCCAGCUUCCCUCUCCAGCGAUUGAACCUGAUCUGACGACGAAGAAGAAUAAGAAUUUGCAGCCGGGGCCGCCGGCGGUUUAUGAGUCGGGAUCGCCGCAAGCUCAACGGACACCGGGUCGCCCUCAGAGAUACGCUUCAUCCCCAGCUAUUCUAAAAAAUGGAAACCCUCCAUCCAGUGGUAUCUAUGCAGGCGGCGGCGAUGGGUCUUCGAAGACCGCCAAUUUUCUCAGAAGGGUUUUCACGAACAGCGACAUCGACUCACCAGGGAAAAGUUAUCAAACCAACAUAUCCAGCGAAGUGACGAAGAAGGAAGACGAUUUUUAUGAUUUUUUGGAUGCUGAAUUGGACAAGAUAGAGACAUUUUACAGGCAGAAGGAGGUGGAAGCCACAGAGCGUCUGCAACAGAUUCGGCGACAAUUGCACCUGAUGAGAGAUCAAAGAACAACAGAAAUGAUGGAUGCGGAGCGGUCAAGGUCUACGCAAGGGAGCCGCAACGGGAACUAUCUUAAUGUAUUUCCCAAAACAAAAUGGACUCAGGCUAUUGCUGGGAAACAUCAUUUUGGGAAGAAUUCUCGCGCACUAGCAAACAUGCAGACACCACAAACCCCGGUGCCAAUGGGUCAGGAGCUUUCAAAUGAUUGGCGCGACUUUGUGCGAAGACCAGAAUCUGCUCAUGUACCCUAUCGGACAGCCAAGCGAAAGCUUAAGUUGGCCAUGCAGGAAUAUUAUCGUGGCUUAGAACUGUUAAAAGCAUAUGCGUAUCUUAACCGCAAGGCGUUUCGAAAGAUCAAUAAGAAAUUCGACAAGGCUGUCGAUAUGCGACCUACGUUGCGCUAUAUGUCCGAGAAGGUCAAUAAAGCAUACUUUGUGCGGAGUGAAAUUGUUGAAGGGCAUAUGGUGGUGGUUGAGGAUCUCUACUCUCGCUACUUUGAGAAAGGAAAUCGAAAGAUCGCCGUUACCAAACUUCGAGGAAAGCUUCGUUCAGAUGACCAUUCGCCAAGCACUUUCCGAAUAGGCUUGUUUCUUGCUGCUGGACUUGUUGGUUGCAUACAGGGCUUAAUAUUAGCUGUCCGCCUUUUGAACGAUGCAGAUAGCACUGUCCACGUCCAGACUUCCUAUCUACUUCAGAUCUAUGGCGGAUAUUUUUUGAUUAUUUUUCAUUGCAUGCUAUUCUGCUUGGACUGCAUGAUCUGGACUCGGGCAAAGAUUAAUUAUAGUUUCGUUUUUGAGUACGAUAGUCGCCACACAUUGGAUUGGCGCCAACUAGCUGAGAUACCCUCUGUUUUCUUUCUUCUUCUUGGAGCUUUCAUGUGGGUCAACUUUUCAUGGGUUGACUCCAUGUUCCUAUACUACCCAGUAGUAUUAAUCUUUAUCACUGUCUUGAUGCUUUUCCUACCUCUCAAGGUAUUUUAUCAUCACAGUCGAGUUUGGUGGGCGGUUUCGAACUGGCGUCUCCUUCUUGCCGGCUUAUACCCUGUCGAGUUUCGAGAUUUCUAUCUGGGCGAUAUGUACUGUUCCCAGACGUACGCCAUGGGAAAUGUCGAACUCUUUUUCUGCCUUUAUGCCAAUUCAUGGAAUAACCCACCGAUGUGCAACUCGAGCCAUUCCAGGCUGUUGGGUUUCCUCACCACGCUGCCGUCAAUUUGGCGUGGAUUACAAUGCAUUCGGCGAUACCGCGACACCAAGAACGUAUUUCCACAUCUCGUGAAUUUUGGAAAAUAUACCUGCGGCAUUCUAUAUUAUAUGACUCUGAGCCUGUUCCGUAUCGAUCGGGAUGCUCGAUACCAGGUUCUUUUCAUCGUAUUUGCUUUUACUAAUGCGACAUAUUGCUCAAUCUGGGAUGUCGCUAUGGAUUGGAGUCUGGGCAACUUUUAUGCACCGCAUAAAAUGCUACGUGAAGUGCUAGCCUUUCGCAAAGCGUGGUUUUAUUACGUUGCGAUUGCGAUCGACGUGGUCGUGCGAUUCAACUGGAUAUUCUAUGCCAUCUUCACCAACGACAUUCAACAUUCAGCUUUCCUCAGUUUCGUGGUUGCUUUUAGCGAGGUAUUUAGAAGAGGAGUUUGGUCGAUUUUCCGAGUGGAGAACGAACAUUGCACAAACGUGUAUCUAUUUCGCGCUUUACGAGACAUUCCUUUGCCUUAUCAAAUGGAGGAACGUACGCUGGCUGAAGGUGUCGCCGAUCAUCCGUCUCCUGUACAGACAAGGGAGUCAGAAAUGGACAGAGAAGAGGAGGAAACCCGCAAUGGAGAGCAUCCGACGGAUCCUACUCCGCAUGCACCUGCUAUAGUCGCCCAUGAUGUCGAUCUCGAGUCUGCAUCAAUUACAGGAAAGACCCCAAUGACACUGCGUGCUCGCCGUCCAACGAUAAGUUACGCCAUGUCUCGAUUUGGCAACCUGGUAGCCACAGCCCAUUCUCACGAUUUCCAACGCAGACGCCACAUCGAUCCUCUAUCAGGAGAAACCACGAACGGUGGGCUACAGUAUAUGGAUGAUGAUUCAACGGACGAAGAUGACGAGGAUGACAGAGAUGAUGGAUCGAGUUCCAACAACGCUGCGAUAUUUUCAGAUGCCGAAUUGCCUAGUCAGACGACUCAUAUUGAUAGCAGUCAGGACAGGAGCGAUUGA